CCUGCCUAUGUUUUGUAUGUCUGUGUCCAUCCAUCUCCUGACGUUCAAGUUCGCAGGACGUCACGUCCGCACUUGAACUUGCAGCUCAGGGGGGCUUUUUUUUGUGCCAUUUUUACAUCUCUCUCUUUUCAAAAAAGCCAUGACGGCUAUCCCGCAAUCCGUCGUCUCCGCGCCAUCUUUGUAUUAUUUCUAAUUUAUUUUGGAUGUCAAAGGCAUUGAUGAAGAUAUUUUCACUGGAGUCUCCCUUCUAACCCGGCUCUCCCGAUGUGAACCGAGCAAAAAGCCACCACCAACCACCAUGUCUCGCCGUAAGCAAGGCAAGCCCCAGCACUUAAGCAAACGGGAGUUUUCGCCCGAGCCCCUGGCGGCCGUUCUCCCGGAUGAUCAGCCGGAGCGCGGGGCGCUGGCGUCUCCGGGCGGGGCCGGCGGGGACCAGGACCUGCUGACCUGCGGGCAGUGCCAGACGCACUUCCCCCUGGGGCACAUCCUGCUGUUCAUCGAGCACAAGCGGCGGCGCUGCCACGCCGGGCCGUGCCAGGGCAAGGCCGCCACGGAUAGGCCGCCGUCGCCGAGCCCGCCCCCGCUGCCGGGCCGGUGCGGGGGAGGGCACCGCCGCGCCGCCGUCCCCGUGGAGGUGGGCGUCCAGGUGACGCCGGAGGACGACGACUGCCUGUCCACGUCCUCGCGGGGGAUCUGCCCCAAACAGGAACACGGCACAGGUAAGGACGAGCCCAGCAGCUACACCUGCACCACGUGCAAGCAGCCGUUCGGCAGCGCCUGGUUCCUGCUGCAGCACGCCCAGAACACACACGGCUUCCGCAUCUACCUGGAGAGCGAGCACGGCAGCCCGCUCACGCCCCGCGUGGCCGCCGCCCCGCCCCUCCUGCCCGGGACGGGCGCCGACUGCGCCUCCCAGCCGCCGCCGCCGCUCCACGGCCUCCACCUGGCCGACGGCGGGCCCUUCAGCCUGCUGCGCAUCCCGGGCUCGGCGUCGGGCCGCGACGGGCCCGCCCGCUACCCGCCGCCGACGCCGCCGCUCUUCAGCCCGCCGCCCCGCCACCACCUGAGCCCCGAGGACCUGGCGCUGGCGUCCCACCACCCGCACCCCCACCACCACCCGCACCCGCACCACCCCCACCACCCGAGUGCCUUCGACAGGGUGCUGCGCCUCAACCCCCUGCCCCUGGACCCCCCGCCCGCCAUGGACUUCUCCCGCCGCCUCCGCGAGCUGGCGGGGAACCCCUCGGGGGUGUCGUCGCCGCCCCCGUCGCCCGGGCGACCCGGCGCUAUGCAACGGCUGCUGCAACCAUUCCAGCCGGGCGGGAAGCCGCCCUUCCUGGCCACGCCCCCUCUGCCCGCCACCCAAUCCCCUUCGGCCGGCUCCCAGUCCACGCCCAACAAGCAGCAGCAGCAGUCGGCGCUGCCGCUGAAGAGCAAGUCGUGCGAGUUCUGCGGGAAGUCCUUCAAGUUCCAGAGCAACCUGAUCGUGCACCGGCGCAGCCACACGGGCGAGAAGCCCUACAAGUGCCACCUGUGCGACCACGCCUGCACCCAGGCCAGCAAGCUCAAGCGCCACAUGAAGACGCACCUGCACAAGUCCUCGCCCGCCGCCGCGCGCUCCGACGACGGCCUGUCGGCCGCCAGCUCGCCCGAGCCGGGCACCAGCGGCCCGGCGGGCAGCGCCACCAGCGCCCUCAAGUCCGUGGUGGCCAAGUUCAAGAGCGAGAACAACCGCGCGGCGCACGAGAACGGCGAGGAGGAGGACGAGGAGGAGGAGGAAGAGGAGGAAGAAGAGGAGGAGGAGGAGGAUGGGGAAGAAGAGGAGGAGGAAGAGGAGGAGGAGGAAGAAGAGGAAGAGGAGGAGGAAGGGGACGAGGAGGAGCUGGAGGGCGAGAGGAGGCGGAGGGACUACCGCUUCGGCCUGAGCCUGGAGGGGGCGCGGCACCACGAGAACAACGGGGGCGGGGCGGGACGCCUGGGCGGGGCGGAGGACGGGGCGCCCCGCUCGCUCCCGGAGGGCCUGCAGGGCGUGGCCCUGGCGGCCAGCAUGCAGCACUACGGCGAGGCCUUCGCGCAGCGCAAGCGGGGCGCACUGGGGGCCCUGGGGCCCGAGCGGGAGCCCGCGCCGCGGGCGCUGUGCCAGGAGGACGAGGACUCGCGCUCGGACCGCCUGGCCGACGAGGGCUGCGGCUCGGCCGUCAACGGGCGCGGCUCGUCCCCCAGCGAGUCCGCCUCCGCCGGCCUCUCCAAGAAGCUGCUGCUGGGCAGCCCCAGCCCCCUCUGCCCCUUCUCCAAGCGCAUCAAGACGGAGAAGGACUUCGACCUGGCCGCGCCCACCAUCCCCAACGCCGACAACGUGUACUCGCAGUGGCUGGCGGGCUACGCCGCGUCCCGCCAGCUCAAGGACCCCUUCCUCAGCUUCGGCGACUCCAGACAAUCGCCCUUCGCCUCGUCCUCGGAGCACUCCUCCGAAAACGGGAGCCUGCGCUUCUCCACGCCGCCGGGCGAGCUGGACGGCGGGGUGUCGGGGCGCAGCGGCACGGGCAGCGGGGGCAGCACCCCCCACCUGGGCGGCCGGCCCAGCUCCAAGGACGGCCGGCGCAGCGACACCUGCGAGUUCUGCGGCAAGGUGUUCAAGAACUGCAGCAACCUGACGGUGCACCGGCGCAGCCACACCGGCGAGCGGCCCUACAAGUGCGAGCUGUGCAACUACGCCUGCGCCCAGAGCAGCAAGCUCACGCGCCACAUGAAGACGCACGGCCAGAUGGGCAAGGACGUGUACAAGUGCGAGAUCUGCCAGAUGCCCUUCAGCGUCUACAGCACGCUGGAGAAGCACAUGAAGAAGUGGCACAACGACCGGGCGCUUAGCAACGACAUUAAGACAGAGUAGGAGGAGCUACGGGAGAGCCCUGACCGACCCAUCUACAGUCCCCACUCCACCCCCCCCCCUCGUAGAGGCCCCGCCCCCUUCUCCUCCCUCCCCACCCCUCGCCUCCGUUUUUCUAGUCCAGGGGAGGGAGGGUACGAUGUGCUUGGCACCCUCCCCCCCCCCCCCGUGUUGAUUCUACCGUUGAAUGCAUGAUCUGUAUUGGGGCAAUACUAUUGCAUUGACGCAAAACUUGGAGCCUUUCUCUUGUGCAAUAAUUUACAUGUUUGUGUACUUUUUCUUUCUUUUUUUUUAUUUUGGAAUUAGACAGCAUGUUCAGAGGUAUGUUUUUGGCUACUUUAAAAAAAAAAAAAAAUGAAAAGAAAUCGUCUUUGAUUGGUGAGUUGUUGAGUAAUGUGUUGCCGUUUUCUCGUUCUUAUUUUUAAUUUUUUUUUUUUUUAAAACAGAGAGAGAGAGCGAGAGCAGACCAUGCUAACAUUUCGUCGCGCAUAUCAUGUACAGCUUUGUGUUGUAACAUGGAGUUCAGACGGUCCGCUUCACCCCUCGCACGGGCUGGGAAUCGCACUUAAACCGAUCUUUCUAAAAGAUUUUCGUCCACUUGGGGGUUAAACGCUAUCAAUUGGACUAUUUACUAAAUGUAAAAAAAUGGUGACAGCCUUGACUUUUCUAAGCAGCAGCAGAAGAAGAAGAAGAAGAAAAAGUCAUUACAUUUGAAUUAGUACUAUCAUUUGGUAAAACAAAAAAAAAAAAAGAGUGCCUUGGAUAUCUUGAAACUGCAUUGGUAAAUCCUCCUGUUUGCUAUAAGCUUGGAGUCUCAGCUAUAUACUGGAAAUGGGUCCAUUGGAUCCUGAAAUAAGGUUCUUGCAUCAAGCACCUGACUGCUAUGGUCAACUGUGACUUACGAGGAAAGAACAGUGAAAAAAGCAGAAGACAUUUCUAGUUAAUCAUCAUAUAGCUACCUAUAAUGUGUAUAUUCUUUAAAUUGCCACUCUUGUUUACUGGCAUGGUACAUGCUGUAUUGUGUGGGGUUUUGAACUUUUUGUUUAUUUUUUUGUUUUGUUUUUUUUUUUGUGGUACCGUACGCAAUGGUACUGUGACUUUUUUUUUCGAAAAUCCACGAUCUUAAGCUCUUACGACUUUUACUUGUUUGCUUUUAGUAAAGGUUUUGCAAUUCUUUUAAGUAGCACAAAAGAAUGAUGCGGCUGCUUGGAUGUUCGGAUGUGUGGACCGGGCAGUAUUAAUUAAAAAUCUGUGGGCAUUUUAAUUCUGACCAGAUAAACUAAUUGGGAACAGGAGAAUGCCAGGAAUGAUCCAGGGGGUAACUCGAGCACCUCUGGCACUUGCAAGCGUAGCGUUUUUUCUUGGUGAUGAUUAACUAUGAAUGGCUCAUCGGAAAAAAAAAAUAAAUCCGUAAUUUAAAAAAAAAUGAUAAUAAUAAUAAUAAUAGUGCUCAGAAAUUGCAGUAAGUACACCCUGUGCUCCUUAAAAUCAGUGCAAAAAAAAAGCAGGAAAGGUUUUUUUUUCACUUCUUCAUACGUGGGUGUGUCGUUUGUGUUGACAUGAACGAGGCCUUCACUCCAUCGCCAUCGCGUCGGCCAAUGGCUGGCGUUCACAAUAGCACUUGUGACUCUUCCCCGGUGAGGCUGUAUCUGACUGUCCAAUCAGAGGUACAGUGGUUGAGUAUAAAAACAAACCCGCUCGCUCAUUCAUAGGACAAUUUAACUGCACUGAUCAAUUUUUCCCUGUUUACAGGUAUUACACUCAAGGGAAAACUUGCUAUGAUGGUAAACGGCUGAACGUGGUGUCAUUGCGUAGCGUAGAAUCCAGUAGGAGUGGAGAGAACUGUCGCCAGCCUUUUUUGUUUUUCUCCCAGAAUGCCGAGCGGUUUGUGCACCGCUGGUGUCCGUGCAGUGAACGGGCUUUUUCCUGCUUGUGAAUGAAUGAUCCUAACUUGCUGCUGACACAGCAAGAGUUUUUAUUUGUACAAUUUUUUGAGAAUUAAGAUGACUUCUUUUUUGUUUUUUGUUUUUUCUUUCAAAAAACGCUUCUUUCUCUUUAGGAAAUUGUAUUAUAAUUGUUUUUCCCCCCUCUUUGUCUUGGUGGACUUUGGUUUUACAUAUAUAAACAAUAAUUUUUUUAUUGUUUCUUUUUUUUUUUCGUUUUUUUGCCUUGGCUUUCCACAGCUCUUCAGGUUCAACAAAAUUUGCAAACUUGCAUCGGGGAAAGGUUUAAGAUUAUAUAUAAAUAUAUAGAGAGAACUUAAAUAUAGGAACAUGCACACUCUUGUCAAUUCCUAUGCUAAAACACAUCUAUGGUCUUCUUUUUUCUGUAUUUCUAGAAUGGUAUUUGAAUUAAAUGUUCACCUAGUGUAGGCACUAUAGUAUUUAUAUUGAAGCUUGUAUUUUUAACUGUUGCUUGUUCUCUUUAAGGUAUCAACGUACCAGCUUCGGUAGUGGAUUAAAAAUUUUAAAAAAUUUAAAACGACAAAAAAAAUAAAAUAAAUAAAAACAUCAACAAGCUGCCACAGUAUAUUUUUUUAAUUUGGCAGGAUAAUAUAGUGCGAAUUAUUUGUAUGUUUUAAAAAAUGAAAAGGAAAAAAAAAAGAAGAUUAUUAUGUGGCAUUGUAUAGAUAUGGGGCCAUGUAAUGGUCUUGCCCAGGCUGUCAAUUCAGAAUGUCCACACCAGAGGAAACGAAAAAAUAAAAAAACGGAUGGUUGUACAUAUCUCUUUUUUAUUCCUCUCCUGCCGUCGUGUCCACGGUAACGCAAGCUGGCGUUGGGGUCCUCGAUAGUGUCCUCUUCUGUUCCUCCUCUGCUCUCUCGCCCAACUUACAUUCCAGCAUCUUAAAGAAAACUAAAUGUCAUAUGCAGUAAAUCAGACGGUUACUAAAUGAAUACGUAGAUAAAUGAAAUAAAUAGCAUUUUAAAAAAUAAAUUUAAAAAAGUUUUGCAGUUUUUUUUUUUUUUUUUUUUUUCAUUGCCAAAAACGAAACGGUGCUUUAUACUUAGAUUGGGAAAGAAUUUCAUAUGCAAAGCAUAUUUAAAGAAAUAAAUAAAUAAAAUGAAGUGGAAAUAAUGGAGCAGCAGCCCACUUGAGUUGAUACUUUUUUGUAAAUGGCAAUGCGGAAUAUUUUGUUAUCAGCCUUUUCUAAUCCUGUAUUGAAAGCUGUUUGUUGUAAAACUGAACUUGAACUUUAGCUUUUUCAAUGGGAGUCACUAUUUAUUAUUACUUCUGUGCGCUGUUCAAAACAGAGGCACAUAAAUGGAUCUUUUCGUUGUCUUUUUUAAUUUUGAUUGACUUUUUUUUGGUUUUGUUUUUUUUUUUUUUUUAUGAUGACCGAAGGCCAUCGACAACCUUGCUCUUUUUUUUUUGUUUCUGGUCUGUGUUUAAGAUCUGUUGGAGAUACCACUGUCUCUGUGAUUUUGGCAGUUGUCUGCAUUAUCCUGUUCACACACCCAUUUUGUCCUUUAUUGAAACAAACAAACAAAAAAAAAGAAUAAAAAAACAUGAAAGUAAUAA